AUGCACUCAAGAUCAAUGAGACGAACCUGACGGAGUCUCCAUGGCCUGAGGAUUACUUCCCGGAGCUAACGGUGACGGAGCCUCAGACCAAGAGUGGCAUGCCGAUGGUUCGGUACAGCGGCUGUCGACGCUGCUCUGAAGAGGCUUUCUGCAACUAUGCAGGAAACCCCGGAUGUGGUGGUGUUGCCACUGGGGGCGUGGUGACUUUUUCCAACCGAAAGCAUGCUUGGGGUUGCGGAGUGAAGCCUGUACUUUCCAUUCCACGCUCGUAUGUUCGAGACCUGGAUGAUCUCCGCGCAAAGCCAGGCACCUACCAGACCAUGAAGCAGAUGCUCCAUAGCGGUUUUGACGUCUAUCGUGCACACGGGCACAAAGGACCUGUCCAACAGUGCAUCCAUUUCUCCUGGGCGGUGAGCGUGCGCUGGGUGCACCUGCACACCUUCUGCACCGGGACCCGCUUUGACGGCAUGCCAGGCGGCUCCUCACUUUGUGCAACUAUGCACAGCCACGACGAUGCGCAUAACAUCGCAUCCCAUUGGGCGAGGUAG